AUGUCUCUCUGUGUGUAUUUCUACACAGGAAGUGUAGAUGCACCACCCAUUGAAGAACACUUCCUCAAUUUCCUGGCACAGUUCUCUAGUGAUGAGAAUAACGAACCUCAACAACCCAGAAGCCGGGCCGAUGACAUCCUGCAGCCCCGAGAAAGCAUCAAAGCAUACAAGAAGCAAGUAGAUCACACCAAGGAAGCACCAGAUCCACCAGGAAUUAUUCCUUCAGAAUCAGGAGCUCAGCUGGACAUCGGGGAACGAGCAGAGAAAGAGAAAGUCACACCCCCCUUUGUGAGGCUGAGGAGACUGGCGUUGAAGGAAGACCCUUCCCCACGUCCAGAGAGGGGAAAGGAGUUAGAUACCCCAAAUAUUCAGUGGGAAGUGGUGAAGGAUCGACGGUCUUGGCUCCAAGUCUUGGAUAUCUCAAAACCACAAAGUGGUAAGGUUGGACAUCUGGAAGACACAACCAUACCUGGCCUGCGAAGACUAGGUGAAACCCGGAGGGAGUCGAGACAGGAGACCUGGACGGAUAUCACCCCAAGAAUCAAGGUGCCCCCAAUGAAGAAGAUGGAGAAUACCAAGUUGCCACGAAAAGCUUCACCACCAAAAGAAGUCCACCAUAAAUGGUUCAAGCACACCUUCUCUUGGUGGUCUCUUUGUUUUCUUCUCUUCUUCCUCCUCCUGAUCCUUUCCUGCUGGCUUGUAUGGAAGCAAAAAGUCCCCGCUUCUCUCGUACUCGGAAACGGCUCUUUAAUAUGGAAAAAAUUUACAACGCUUUGGAACGGGGCGGAAGAAUGCAGCGCACAGUGCAGCCUGGUCCUUCUGGAGAGCAUCCCAGACAGCUUACAGUAUCCGCCUUCAAGUCCUCAAAAUCCCACCAUUUACGAAGGGUGGAUGGAUCUCCUCUCGGAAGCCAACCGCGUGGUGGAAAUCGCAGCUUUUUAUUUUACUCUCCGAGAUUCCGAUUUGCAGAUGGAAGAUUCUUCAGCGAAACAGGGCCUGGAGGUGUUCAAUAUGCUGCGUAGCCUGCCUUCUCGUGGGGUGAAGUUGGAGGUGGCGGUGAAUAGCCCUCAAUCGUCCGAAGAUGACACUGAUGAAUUGACCCGUGACGGCGCAGACGUGCGAUACGUGAAGAUGAAGGAACUGACCGGCGGGAUCGUGCACACCAAACUGUGGGUCGUGGAUCGGAAACACCUCUACAUUGGCAGUGCCAACAUGGACUGGCGUUCCCUUACUCAGGUGAAGGAGCUGGGAAUUGCGCUCUACAAUUGCAGCUGUUUGGCGAAGGAUCUUCACCGGAUCUUUGCCAUGUACCGGAUGUUGGGCGAAGAGGGAGCUUCCUUGCCCACCACCUGGCCCAGGGAUCUGGCGGCUGAAUCCAGCCUGGAGGAACCUCGGAAGGUUCAGCUAAAUGGGCUAGAGGCCCAGGUCUACAUUUCUAGCUCCCCGCCGGCUCUAUGCUCAACUGGCCGUACGCCUGACCUCACCGCCAUUCUGAGCACGAUUGAAGACGCUCAAGAAUUUAUCUAUAUUUCCGUGAUGGAUUAUGAGCCGCAGUGUUUAUUCUGUAAAUCGAAAAGGUUGUGGCCCGUCAUUGAUGACGCCUUACGGAGCGCCGCCUGUGAUAAAGGCGUGACGGUGCAUCUUCUCAUCAGCUGUUGGCCACACUCAAGAGAAACCAUGUUUGUUUUCCUGGAGUCGCUCACGGUCCUGAGAAGGAAACCUCUCCACUGCCCCAUCGAAGUGAAACUUUUUGUGGUUCCCACAAUAGGGAGAGAAAUUCCUUAUGCCCAUGUUAACCACAACAAGUACAUGGUGACUGACCGAGUAGCUUAUGUUGGAACUUCUAACUGGUCUGAGGAUUAUUUUCUCCACACCACCGGCGUUGCGUUGGUUGUCAACCAGAGCAACGUUGCCCCCGAAGCCCAAAGUUACACAUUGCGACAACAGCUAGUGGACGUUUUCCUUCGGGAUUGGGAAUCUCCCUACACCCUCCCACUUGAAAACCACUCACAAUGUCGGAAGCAAUCAAGGGAGUGAGGAGUCUGGCUUGAAGAACCGGCCCUAAGGCCAGGCUCACUCCAUUUCUCGGUCCAUGAGGACCUUCCUUUAAACGUCCUGAGGUUUGGAUGCUCUUGGUGUGUCCCAAAGGUGCUUUUUUUUUUUUUCUCCAAGAGGUUCUUGGUGUGCUUUUAGGAAAAUGUCAGGCUGCUUUUGCAUUCUUAAGCUAUGGCCUUCCCGGGUUGACAAUCUGUCAUCGGAACAGGGGAGGAAACGCAAUUGCUGAUCAUCGUUCUGGGCUCGGAGAAGUUCCCAGGAGCUGAAGGACCAAGUUAGGGACAGAUCAUCAUGGAGAAAAAUCUAUCUAUGUGGUUGCUAAGAGUGGACAGUUGGAUGGAC